AUGCGUCAGGCAGGAGGCGGGCUGCAGCUCCCCGAGAGGAAGGGCGAGUCCCCGGACAUGGAAACCGGGAUUGCACGUCAUCCCCUCAACGACUCCAAGUACCACGGGGGAAAUUGGCAAGAAGACCUUAUUGACUGCCAGCACAUCUCUGCACAGCAGGAACACCCUACUGACUGGCAGCACAUCUCUGCACAGCAGGAACACCCUACUGACUGGCAGCACAUCUCUGCACAGCAGGAACACCCUACUGACUGGCAGCACAUCUCUGCACAGCAGGAACACCCUACUGACUGGCAGCACAUCUCUGCACAACAGGAACACCCUACUGACUGGCAGCACAUAUCUGCACAGCAGGAACACCCUACUGACUGGCAGCACAUCUCUGCACAGCAGGAACACCCUACUGACUGGCAGCACAUCUCUGCACAGCAGGAACACCCUACUGACUGGCAGCACAUCUCUGCACAGCAGGAACACCCUACUGACUGGCAGCACAUCUCUGCACAACAGGAACACCCUACUGACUGGCAGCACAUCUCUGCACAGCAGGAACACCCUACUGACUGGCAGCACAUCUCUGCACAGCAGGAACACCCUACUGACUGGCAGCACAUCUCUGCACAGCAGGAACACCCUACGCACCUCUACUUUGACGAUCUCCUUGUUCGUGUUUGUUUACUUGCUUAG